AGACAUAAGCCAUGAUCUAAUCAAACACUAUUUCCCAUGGUGCCAUCCAUCGCAUUUACGUCACGGAACUUACAUUCUUACUCUAUUUUAAGUCUUGGCUAUAGAUUUUUCCAAUCAUGUAGCAUAAUACUUCUUCCCAUCACAAACAACCAGAAUCUAACAACACCAUCUCACCAAUCAUCAGAAUUGUCAAUCUAGGCUAGAAAUAGAGCUGGGUAUGUUCGCAAGUAGAAUUCCAAUGAUAUUCAAUUAAAAAGAAUUCGAUGUUGUUCCAAAAUUUUGAGUUUUCUUGAACUUGGAGUGGAUGGUUUUGACUCUAUUGACAUAUGAAGGAGGAAAAGAUGGAGAGAGCUGAUGCUAGUACUAACGGAGGACGUUUUAAGAGAAUCUGUGUCUUCUGUGGGAGUAGUUCAGGCAACAAGACUGCUUUCAGUGAUGCUGCCCUUGAUCUGGGCAAGGAAUUGGUAAAGAGGAGAAUAGACCUCGUAUAUGGUGGGGGAAGUGUUGGGCUUAUGGGGAUGGUUUCUCAGACUGUUUACAAUGGUGGCUGUAAUGUUCUUGGGGUAAUUCCAACUGCUCUCAUGCCUCGGGAGAUAUCUGGUCAGCCAGUUGGUGAAGUGAAGACUGUUGCUGACAUGCAUAAGCGGAAAGCAGAAAUGGCUCGUCAUGCAGAUGCUUUCAUUGCUCUUCCAGGUGGUUAUGGAACAAUGGAAGAGUUAUUGGAGAUGAUCACGUGGUCUCAACUAGGGAUUCAUGAUAAACCGGUGGGGCUACUGAAUGUUGAUGGUUAUUACAAUUGCUUGCUUGCCUUGUUUGACAAAGGUGUUGAAGAAGGGUUUAUAGAGCCUGCUGCACGGCUUAUUAUAGUGUCUGCUCCAACAGCAAAGGAACUGAUAGUCAAGAUGGAGGAAUAUGUUCCUAGACAUUACCAGGUUGCCCCUCCGACAAGCUGGGAGAUUGAACAACUAGGAUAUUCAGCAGCCUCUGAUAAUGAUUUGUGAUAAAUUUGCCUUGGCUGUGUGCUCCAAUUGUGGGCAAUUUUUGUCUAGUUUUACAUCACAUGAUUCAUUCUGGAGACAUUUGUAAAAUAAAAUUCCAGUUUUACAAGGAAUGACCAGAUUCAAGAAAUAUGAUUUUUUGUGUUA